AUGGAGCAAUCCACCCAAUUUCACGAGAAACACACCGAAUACUUAUUAUCAAAACACAAUCAAUGGACUCCGAAUGAUGGCAACAAUACCAGCAACAAUAACAAUCGUAUUGAAAAUAGUUCACCUUUACCAAAGGUCGAAAAAUUAAUCAUUAUACAACAAGAAGUUAAUUCAUCGGAUUCGUUAUUUACUCCACCGAUAUCCCCCACUUCUAAAAUUCAUCAAAGUCCGACCCCUUGUAUUAAUGGAGAAAACCAAGAUUCAACAACUUUUCCUUCCGACGAUUAUACUAUGGAAGAUGUGACUCCCAUUAGUCCAAGUAGUUCAGGAACCAAUAAUAAUUUAUCGGAUACGAAUUUAGUUCAACCAGAGCGUCCGCCAAACAAAGCGCGAAAAAGUAAAUCUCGAUUCACUUUUGAAGAAGCAACACCCGAAUUGUUGGCGGAAUUAAAUAUUUCGGAAUAUGGUUUACAUUUACCGUCCGUCUACACUUCUCCAGCCACAUCCGGUGUAAAACCAUCCACAACUUCUAAUCACGUGAUUGUUGAUAACCAUAAAAUGCCGACUCAAACAUAUCAUCGUUCGAGAAAGAAUCCUUAUCCAAUGCGAUCCCCAAACAAAUCGUCAGAUGGUUUAAGUCUAAUUGUUGACGUAUUUUCAAUAUUUAGUCAAGAUCCGCAAAAGUUACUUCAAGCUAAUGUUGAGAAGCCGAAAAUUGUGUACGAUACAUUAUCAUUCUCUUCGUCAGAAUCAUUGCAAAACAGUCCAAGGAUUGGACCAAAACGAACACGUUCUCAUAAGCCAAAAAAUAAACGAUCUUCACACACCGCACCAAGAGAAAACCGACGAAAAGCCAAUUCCUUGGCUCGAGUGUUGGCUGAUCAAGGAUUAAUUGACUCGCCAUUUAGUUCAUUCGAAGCGCCAGCAUCGACCAAUGGAGAGAAAAAAUCUGUUCGGCUGCCACCACAGCCACAGAUUGAAUUUUCGCAAUUGAUAGUUGAAUUGGAUAAUUUAGGACUGGAUAACAAUGUAUUAAGUAGUCGACCUAAAAUCGCGUGGAAAGGAGAUCCGUUAUCAAUAGAACACCUCCCACAUUAUGAAGCAUUACAUCCGAAUGAGUCAUACAUAGCUUCAACAUUCCGAUUAACGCCCAUUCAAUUCUUAAAUGCAAAAUACACCUUAAUAUCAUCUUCAAGACGAUACAAGAGCCGUUCGCUUCCUUUUCGCAAAAGUGAUGCACAGAAAUUACUGCGCAUUGAUGUGAAUAAAGCGAGUAAGCUCUGGGAGGUGUUUGACCAAUUAAGUUGGAUAUAG